GUUUUUAUUUUGCUUUUCGGCAUUAUAAACAUAACAAAAUUAACGAAAUAUGCAUUAAAUUAAAAACGGAAUCGUUCAAUUGACUAGGCAGAUUUGGUUAAUGCGCAUUAUCAUCGUGUAAUUAUCGCUGUUGAACGACGCGAUAAUGUUUAAACUAGAGUCCUAUAUAACACCAAUUUUGCUUAACUACGUGGCGAAAUAUGUUAAAAACAUUCGCGAUGAAGAUGCACAGGUAUCGCUAUGGGAGGGCGAGGCAUCAUUCCAUAACUUAGAUCUGCGACUCGAUGUCCUCGAAGAAGAGCUGAAUCUACCCAUUGAACUCGUAUCCGGCCACAUACACGAACUCUCCAUUCAGGUGCCCUGGACAAAACUGACGUCUGAGCCGGUGCGCAUUGAGAUAAACACAAUUGAAUUCGUUGCCAAACUGCCGAAUGAGGAGAGCAAGCAGAGACGUGCGUCACUGCUUGAGGAGCAGCGUCGGAAACGCAACUCAGUUGAAGGCGAUGAGCCUCAGCAGCAAGCUGGGACACCCACUCCAUCAGGCGUUGUCAACAAGAUCAUUAACAACAUCAAUCUGCAAUGUCACAACAUCAUAUUGAAGUAUGUGGACGACGACAUCGUCGUAUCCAUGAACGUGCAGUACUUGAACUUCAGCGCUGCGGACGAGCAUUGGCAACCAGCCAUGGUGGAUGUCCAUCCGGUGAAUGUGUAUUUGCGGAAGCUACUUCAAGUCUCUGAUUUGACUAUUUGCCUCGACAAGCGGAAUACGGCUGGACGUAUUGAGGUGUGCCAAGAGCCCAUACUCUACCGUUGCACCCUGGAGCUGCGUGUGCUGUUGAAGCAUAAUGCCAACACGGUCAGCACGUCGAGCACCAAGCGCAUUGGUGUCUUCACCAAGUCCCUGGACAUCAAUGUGUCGUCACUGCAGCUGCCCAUGGUCAUGAAACUGGUUAAGUUACUGUUGGAACUGAAGCCCAGUGAGCCUGCACAGGAGGAGAACAUUUUCAAUUUAGAGCAGCCGGUGGCAUCGACAAGUGGCGCUACCGCAGGCGCCGCUCCUACAAGUGAGGCGACUGGCUCCAUGUUCUGGCGUGCUUGGAAUCUGUUGCCCAGCUUUGAUGGAAAUAACGCGAACUCCGAGGAGCUGAUUGGACAUGCCCUCGACAUAGGUGUCUAUGCCGAGGAGUUCAAUUUCCAGCUCAAGAACUCUGAGCUAAUCAACGAUCAGGCCAUGGGCGGCCUGAAGCGCAUUCGCUAUACGCCAAUCGUGCGCCUCAGCCUGGGAGGCAUUUACUAUGAGCGAUCGCAGCUGAAGGAGAACGACUGGACCAACGUGAGGGCGGGACUGUCCAGCAUUUGCAUGGAACCGUUGGGUAUCUAUCGCAGUGAUGAUCCAAUCGACCGCAAUCUGGUCAGCACCAAGGAGCACAAGAACGCACGGGCAUUUGUGGACAAGAGUCUCUUUGAUGAUCAGUACAAGUUCGCGGAUCGCGUCUGGUGUGGCCACAACCAUGACGACUAUUUCGCACGCCACACCGACGAGUAUAUGCUCUUCCGGAGUCCGGUGCUCGCGUUCGAUGUUGUCGAGUGUCGCGCCCCGAAGCCAGCGAAGAAUCAAAAGACGCCGGAGGCGCCACUGAGAGACCUGGGCUUGCGCAUGAAGUAUCGAGUGCUGUCAGCUGGCAUCACAUUCCACUUUUCGCAGUCGUUUGUGCAGGUUAAAAAUGUAAUUAGUGAUUUGUUGCGUCCUUACGAUUAUACAGGGUAUACUGCAGAAUCCCCAAUCAGAGAAAUCAGCAGCAGCAGCCCGGUGAGAGACGAGCAACGGGAGGCGGCCAAUAGCCAGUAUAUGACCUAUGCCGAUUUGGAGUAUCUAAUCGGCUUUAUGCCCACCUGCAACUAUAGGAUCGAGCUGCGUGACAUGACUGUGAAGCUCUUUCCCAGGCAGCAGAGUGCCGAGAGCUCUACGACAUCCAAUCAACAUCGCUUAUCCACCACUAUCAACCAGUCCCUACUGCCCUAUUUACAGCUGAACAUGUCCUUGGCUGAGGGCUCCAUUACGGCUCCCGCGAAUCCCAAACGUCUUGUGCAGCUGAUCACGCAGCUGCAGGAGAAGCCGCGCGAGCUGAUCGAUUCCUGUUACACCAACUUCAAAUUCAAUGUGAAAAAUCUGACGUUGAUGGCCCAGAAUACCACGCCGGCAAUGGGGCAUGCGAAGCUGAUGAAUAUACCCAGCAUGCAGCUGCAAUUCAAGAGCCUGCUCCUGCCCAACGAUGAGAGAUUCAAUUCGGCUCCCAUGCAGCAGGCUGAUGUACAAACGGAGCUGAUCAACGUGGAGUUCUCCAAGCGUGAGCUUGUCAUGAUGAACACAAUCGUGCCACUGAUACUCGACUACAAUGGAGCUCAGCUGGGCGGCCUGGCGAAGAUGGUGGCCGAGGCGAAUGCGUCCGCCGAUGUGAUCAAGCUUCAAACGUUGAUCACCAAGGUGCAGCUCAACUAUCUCAAAUAUAAGACGCACCUGGCGAUGCUGUUCUCGCUGCGUAACCUGAACACCGACGUGUAUCACACAAUGAUGAACAUUCGCAACGUGAUCAUCUCGACCAAUAAGGGCAGCAAUAACAAAUGGCUGGAGCUGCAGCUUCAGUUCCCGCAGCAGGCAUCGAGCUCCACCAGCAAAGUGUCGCCAGCGACUGCCAUAUGCAUUUGGAUCGAUAGCUUUCGCCUAACCCUAGAUAUAUAUUUGCUUCAGUUCCUCAACUCUUUCGCUAAUCCCGAGCAGUGCAUCGAAAAUGAUCUGGAUGCCGACUUUGAUAGUUUUAGUCAGUCAGAGCGGUUUCCCUCCUACGCAUCGAUGACUUCAGUGCCCAAGCUGGUACAGAGUGAGGUGAAUUUGCGUCGGACUAGUCGCUCGAACAGCCGUAAGAUCUCGAAUCCGGCGGAGACAAUACACGCGAGCUCCGAACGCGACGACAAGCCCGUCACGUACAUAGAACCAGCUAAAUUGAUGCCGAAAAUGGAGUCAACCUCCAGCAUGGACUCUAUGGGCGUGAUUGAUUUGAUAAGCCGGCUGAAUAAAAUGGUUGUGGUGUUCGAACUGAGCAAAGCGAGAAUCGAUGUGUGUGAUGUGAUGCUGCGCAGGAACAGCAAGGACUUACAAGUGGAAUACACUUCCAUUCAAUUAUCGCGCCUGCGGAUCAAGUCCAGCAACGGCGACGAGGUGGUGCGCGGCAGCAUACGAACCGUGAUCAACGUGAACAACGAGGUGGAGCUGUGCAAUUUGGUAAUGGAGGCCAAUGACUUCUCCGUCGCCUAUCAUCUGCCGCCCGAUACAGUGGAUAUGAUUGUGGAACCUGUGCGCACAACAAUCGCCUUGGCCUUGUCUCACAAAUUGUCGAAUCCAGCGAAGCUGAGGCAUGUAGAGCCCGACCCAGAGGAUCAGCAGUGGCCCAUCACAUAUUCAGUCAACGUCCAUAUGGAUAUGUCACCCAUAAAUAUCUUCGCACGUCACUUGAAGCUCUUGAGUGAACACUUUACAAUUGUGAAUGCAGUCGGUAAUUCGCUGAGCACAUUCACAGCCCGUCCAUCCCCUAGCAAUGAAGCUGAACGCAAAUGCAAUUUGGAAAUUUACACGGGCAGCGCACAGAAUUAUAGCGUCCUGAAGGAGUUCCUGGAGUUGAAAGCUAAUGUGGAGCCAAUGGUUGAGACUCCUGAUCUCAAGACCAAGGGCAUCUUGACCUUCUUCUGUCAGUGGACUAUACCACGUAUAUCCUUGGAAGUGGAGAGCUGCAGUGGCCAAAGGCAACGAAAACUGUUGCUCAGCCUAGAGGAUCUGUUGCUGAAUGUGGACAGACAUGAGGAUUUCACAAAGAUCACCACCAAACUGGAGAACGUGAGCCUCAACUACUACGAAGCAAUAGAUCCGGACGACUGGAGACUCAUGGAUGAUUUCCACAUCAAAGUGCUGGGAGAUAGCACGAAUUUGCCACUGAUCAGUAUAGUGGUUACAACGGUCAACCUGCAGGAUCUGUACUCGAAGAUCGGGGCGCGCAAUAUACACAGCAAACGUCGCACGAUCUCGGAGCUGCUGAUCGAGGUGCAGCCGAUCGAGAUGAUAUUGCAUGUGGAUCGUAUUACCGAAUUCCUGUUAUCCCAAUGCGAGCUCAUUGACAUGCUCUGCAACGCCCAGCCUGCUGAGGUGGCUGCGAGGCCAAAUCAGGCGCGGAAAGAUUGCCUGCGAACUGUGCACGAGUUGCCCAUCGUGCAUCUGAAUAGCAAGGGCAUCUACAUCUAUGUGCCGGUGGAGACGGAUAAAAGGUGCUGCAGCGUGUUGCUGCUACGGAUCGAGAACAUUAACUUGACUCCAAGUGUGGAGAACCCCUUAGUGCGUCAACCCAUCCGCCAGGACAUCUACAACAAAGCAGCUGAGCUGAACAUGCUUGGCACGCCCGGUGGUUUGGUCGAGGAUCGUCAGUACGAGUUGAGUGUGCGCAAGAUUUCCUUGUCCUCUGGCAAUUGGCUGCAGACCCAAAAGUUCCGCCUGGAAAAGUUGCUCUCCAAUAAGCACAGCAAUCCGGCCUUGGAGUGGAACAAGCAGUCGCAAUCCACAGAGCUUGAGCAGAUGGACAUAUUCAAGGACUUUGACUUCAUCAUUGUCUAUGCGCCAGCCAUCAGCUACGAACGCUUCCUGGUCUGCGGCGAGAGUGUCGAGUUCAAUUGUGUGACGGACUUUGUGGCCACACUGAAUACGCAUCAGAUUCAUAUGAUUUCUGGGAUAUUGAAUCGAGUUCAACGUUGGCGCAGCAUCGUGGAGCAGCCUUGCCUGAAUGUUUGCCCGGCCGCUAAGGAUUCAACAGAUAUCACCGGCUCUGGCAGAGAUGGCACAGGAUUACAGGCUCCACAGCAGAGCAGUCGACAGUGGCUGCAAACGCAGCUACGGGAUAAAUUCGUGGAUGCCAAGAGCGGCAGUGCCACCGCGCUGGGCUCCUGCCAGAGCGACUCGGGCAUUAAUGUGGCCAAGUACGGGGCUGCGGCGCGGGGUGCUCAGCAGAUUCAGCAGACGGAAUCACAGAAACUGUCCAGCCAUAGGCUAAUCUAUCCACGCAGCGUUUCUUUCGUGGCUGGCAAGUUUGAGCUGCGGAUCUACGAUGUGCUGGAGGAGCAGGAAAAGCUCGCCCUGAGGCCGCUCCUAUUGGUCACCGUGUCGCAGCCCAGUUUUAUGGCUGCGCAGACGCACCGUGGGGGCAUCACCCAGGCCUCAAUUUUCAAUUUCAACAUUCAUCUGGCCAAGGAGAAUGCAGAGGGCAAAGCAACUGUUAAUGAAACGUUCUGUGUGCCGGUCUUCGACACACAGCCCGGGACGCUGGACAGCUCGGGAAUACCGCCGCCCCUGCUGACAGUGCGCACGCAAUUGGACCGCUUUGAGCAGCUGGAGCUGGAUGUUGAGCUGCGAAAGCCGAUGGAGCUGAGUCUGUGCGAGAGCAGCAUCAAAAUGUUGUCCAGCGAUUUGAUUCGCAUCUACUCAAUGCUCAGUGCCACGCCCUAUUUUCCACAGCGCAGCGAGCGGCCUGUGGUGCAUACGACACCAUUGCGGCAGCUGAAGCUGCAGUGCUUCAAUGCGGAUCGCCUGCACUUGGCCUGCGAUCGCAUCACGGUCAAGUUCUAUGACGAUGAGCAGAGCUACAACUGCAGCGCCGUCUGGCUGGACCUCAAUGCUCACAUCAAGUUCAGCGCGCGGCCACAGAAGGCUUCGGUCAAGUCAACCCUGGGCUGUGUCUAUGUGCAGGCGGGCGACAAGAUAUUGCUGCAUCCGCUGCUAAUGCGACUCUCGGCCGAUCUGCUCAGCGAGACGUGGUGCGACCAGCUGCUGAGCAGCGUCACGCUCAAGCUGAAUGUCCUGCAUGUGGAUGCGAGCAUUGAGAACAUCUUGCACCUGCGCCAAGCCCAAGCUGGACUCGACAACAUCAGGCAAUACAUCAGUGAGCAAUGGCAGCAGUUUCUGCUCAAUCGUCCGGUGCUGGGCGAGCCGCGUAAAGUGGCUCCCGGCGAGCUCUUAAGGUAUACGCCAUCCGUGGAUCAGAUCGUGCGCUCGAAGACGACGCCGAAAACAAAGAUGGAGUUCUAUCAGGAUGAUCUGCGCGCUGGCGCCUUCCAGUUUGUCGACCUGACCACAGACACCGUGCUGCCCAUGCCCUACCAGGUGCAGAUAAUCAAGAAGAACUACGGCAUCAUUUGCUGGCGCUACCCUCAGCCGCGCCAGAUGAGCCGCCUACAUAUCUACCCAGUGCCCAUGCCCAUCGAGAAUCCCAUUCAUAUCAAGUGCCGCAUGGAGUACUUUAGCGAGACCCACGAGACCUUUUUGCACUACUGCGACUUUGAGCUCUCGGAGAUCGACACCAAGCAGCUGGUGCCACCGGAUCGGAAUAUAACCGCCACCAUUUGGCGCGUGGUGAUCAUGCAAUCGCUGAUCUCUGUGGAUGGCACCUGCUUUGUGCCGGAGGAGGAUGACGACCUGCAAUCGAUCGACAGCAGCCACGUCCUGCAGGAUCAUAAGGGCAAUGCGGACAACGAUUUCAUAUUGCAUCCGAAGGUCCUGGUUGGCUGCAUGCGCAUCGAUACCAUCUUUCAGGCAGAGCUGGUGCCGAAGCUGCAGCUCCUGCUCAGCUGUCAGUAUGUGGAGCUGAACUUCCUCAACCAGCCGGAUGCAUCGAGUGUGCUGCCCGCUCCGCUGCAGAAAUACUUCCUGCGACGCACCACAAACAUCACGCAGACGUUUCUCAGCAUCAACGUCGAUGAUCUGCAGCUGCACUCGGCGAUCUACACGCGCAACAACUACAGCGCCGAGCUGAACUUCCGAGGCAGAAUCAAGUGCCUAGACUAUGGGUCGCUCAACAUGAUGGACAUCAUGGAGCCGAUGAGCUUUCAGAGCUAUUUGCGCUUCAAUGCGACAAAGCGCUUGCUUCAGGCCAACCUGUUGCUGGACAAGCUGCGCUUCAAUUGUGGCCCCUGUGUGAUCCACACGCUGCUCUGCUCCAAGCAGCACUGGACAGAGCUACUGCAGCAGCAGCAGCAGCAGCACGACCCGGUGCACACCCUGAUGCCCAGGUGCGUCAUCGUGAAUCGCAUGCAAACGCACUUCGUCUUCGGCCAGACGGGCACCAACGAGCGCAUCACUGUGGUGCCGCAGGAGCUGCGUCCCUAUUACUUCUGCAACGAUGCCCAGAGCCAGGAGCUGACGUUCUACAUUGAAGACCUGGAAACGCACUCGCUGGACAGCAGCGAAUCGCUGGCGAUUGCCCUCAAGUUCGAGGACGAGCAUCGUGUGCAUCACUUGCGCGUCGGGCAGUACUGCAUCACCGUAAAGCUGAGCAAGCUGUCGGCCACCCAGGUCUACAUCCUGGUCAAGGGGCAGAUUGAACUGGUCAGCAUGGUGCCUUUCGAGCUGCUCACUGAGUUCCGCACUGAGGGCAAGCAGCUGGAUGAGCAGGCAGCGAGUGCUCUGGCGCAUCUGCUAGUGCCCAAUGGUCGCAUAUCCUUCUACCAGCAGGUGCAGCGCAACGAACAGGUCAACAUGAGGCUCAAGCUAAGUUCGCUGAACGCCAAGGGACGCACUGGUGAUAUCCCGCUCAAGCCGAACAAUAGUCUGCCCUGGCUGGUUAAGGUGCCCACCCAGACGUCGCAGCAGUUCGUCAGCUUGUGGGUGCGCAUCCUAAGAGAGGACAUUGAGCUUGCCUCUGGAGUUGAGGCUGACGACUUCAAGCCGCAACGCAUUCUCGUCAGCAUCUGGCCCAUAUUCGAGAUCUGCAAUUUGCUCAGCUGUGAGCUGCAGGCCACAGAGAGCAGCACGCAGGAAAAGCUCACUAUUGCCGGCGAGGGCGGUCGUCUGCCCCUGAACACGGCCACAACCCACUCCACGGAGCACUGUGUGAAAUUUGAAUUUCCUUCUGCUCUGGGGUCCAAUUCGAAAAGUGAAUAUACCUUCAUGCUGAAGUCGAUGGACUGGCACAAGUUCUUCCAUUACAACCCAGCGGACUGGACCAUUGAGCGCACUCUGGAUCGGCUGGAUAAGAGCGUCAGGGCCAAGUGGCCAUUGAACGAUGCCGAGGAGCUGCGCGUGCAGCGGCCCUACGAAUUGCUCAGCAUGCUGGAUGUUCAGUAUCGUGCUCAGGCAACGCGCGAGUUCUCCUGCACGCUGGGCCUCGAGGUAGCUCCCUGGGCCAUGUUCAUCAAUGACACGAAUCUGGAUGUCAGCAUCUGCCUGGUCUCGGCUGGAGUGCGGCACAAGGUCCGCGCAGGCUGCUUGGAAAUGCUGCCUGUGCUGAGCGGUCACUUCACCAUCGACGCGCCCUUCGGCUCCAAUUGGGUCUCCUCGAUGGCCAUUUGCGUGGAGCAACACGGUCAGGCGAGCUCUGAGCGACCCAGUGGAUCGGGCCGCCAUGUGCUUCUGCGCGCCAACUCCUACGUGGACAUAGUCCUGGUGCGCAACGACGAGGUGCUGCGUUUGCUGCUCGACUUCAGACUCGAUGACGCACGGCGCGUGUUCAAGCUGCGAUCCAAGUACGUGAUAGCCAACUGCACGGACAUCACGCUGACUGCUCUGCCACUGACCAUGGAUCACAAGGAGACCUCGGGCCGUGAUGAGAUAAGUUCGUUGGAGUUUAACUCCAUCAGCCAAAGACUCAAGCCCGUGCAGGAGAUGCCACAUUCCAAUAUUGGAGCUACCAUUGAGAAAUUCCACGAUCUCAAUGCGCACAAAUCGAAGCACACCUGUGAUACGGCCUUUGUGUAUUUCGUCUGCUUCUCUGUUGAAGGGGGGGAGAAGAUAUCCAUUCCCAUUCCGCUGACAAUGCCCUUCACGCGCCGCUGCUUCAACAUACAAGAUGGCAGCGACUCGAUACCACUGAUGAGCACCCUCAUCGAAAAGGACAAUGUUUACUACUUGAAUGUGUUCAGGGACUCGUCGCCGGCGAUAAUCAUCAACAACAACACGAAUGUGAGGUUCAUUGUGGCUCAGACCAGCGCCUCGGGCAACAGCAACGUGACCUGCACCUCGCCGGAGUUCACGGGCAAGCACUUCGAGUGGAAUCAGCUGAUAGAGCCGUACAGCAAGUGCUAUUAUACCCCGCCGCAAAUGUAUGCCAACUUUCCCGAUGUGGAGUUCACCAUGUGCAAUCUUUCCCUGGCUCUCUACACUGAUAUGGUUGCCUGUGGCAAGCAGAAGAUCAGCUGGUCGAAGCCCAUUCGCACGGACAAGUCCUGGAAGAAGUUCAUACACGUGCCGAACCACGGCGAUAUCAAAGUUGUGAUCUGUGAUAAGCAUCGAGCGAUACGCUUCAACAUCUACUAUAUAGCGCAGCAGCUGGAGUUCUCCGUCAAGGACUUGCGCUCGCGCCUGAAAGAGCCGGACGCCGCGCAGACCGUAUUGCCGCAGAGCGUGAAGCAGCAGGAGUCGGACUCGAUGCUGCCAUUGAGGACCCAACAGGAACUGGAGCUCAAAAAUGUUGAUUGCAUCCACCUGAGCGAGGAGUGCGAAACGAAUCUUCAGAUCUCAUUCCGCCUGUUCAUCAAGAGCUUCGUCUUCAGCCUGCACACGAACGACCGACAGCGCGACUCCCUCAAGACUGAAGUCUGCAACAUGUAUGCCGACGACAUGAUGUUCGCCUACGACGACAACGACGAGCGGCGCGAGCUUCACCUGCAGCUGCCCAACUUGCAGGUGGACAACCAGCUCUACUCCAAUGGCAAAUACGACUUCCCUGUGCUGCUGUGCGCUCAGAAACUGUACAAGCGCGACAGCUGCCUGCCCCAGGUGUACGAUCUGGACGAGCUCUACAGGAGCCAGACGCUGGGCGAGCCCAUUUCGGAGCUGUCCUUUGUCCUCUACCAGGACGAGCUGCAGCUGCAGGCUGUGUGCUGCAAGCUGCAGCCACUGCGCGUCUACAUCGAGGAUGCCUAUCUCAACCAGCUGCUGGACACGCUGGUCGAGUGCGCGCCCUCCAACUGCAUCCAUACGCCACACCCGGAGUGCAAACGCCUGCAGCUGGAGGCGGGCCAGACGUGGUUGCCCGAGCAAGUGGUUGGGCAGGCUUUGUGCAUUGCCGAGCCGCUGCGGCUGCACAGCUUCGUCGUGGAGCCGCUCAGUCUGCUGCUCUCGGUGCACACAUCGUCGCGUCUCUACAUCGCCCUGGACCAUUCGCCACUCUCCUUCUCCCGCUACGAGCGGCAGCAGAUUCUCACCGUGCCCUUGCGCUUCGGCCAGUCCCUGGGGCUGCACUACCUGAGCGGAGCCAUUUUCGGGGCUGGAUGGGUGGUGGGCUCGCUGGAGAUCUUGGGCAGUCCCAGCGGACUGGCGCGCUCCUUCACCACGGGUCUGCGCGACUUCAUUUCGAUGCCCGUGCAAGGCCUGUUCCGCGGCCCGUGGGGCUUCGUGGUGGGCAUUACCCAGGGCUCGGCCUCGCUGCUGCGCAAUGUCACCGCAGGCACGGUCAACUCGGUGACCAAGCUGGCCGGCUCGGUGGCUCGCAAUCUGGAUAGGCUCACGCUGGACUCGGAGCACAUUGAGCUGACUGAGGCGAGACGGCGCGCACGUCCCCAGGGCUUUGCCGAUGGCCUGACUCAGGGCUUGACCGGGCUGGGCAUCAGCCUGCUAGGCGCUGUCGGUGGCUUGGCCCAUCACACAUUGGAGGCGCGUAGCUCUGUGGGCGUGCUAACGGGUCUAACCAAAGGCAUUGUCGGCGCCCUGACCAAACCGAUCAGCGGGGCUGCCGAGAUGUUGGCCCUAACCGGCCAGGGCGUCCUGCACACAGUGGGCUUCAAUGCCAUGCCGCUGCAGGUGGAGCCGAGCGUGACGAGCAACGUGGCGCUGCACAACAGUUCGUAUCGCAUCUGGCGUUUUCUGCACGAGAAGCUGAGCAGCGAUCAGCUGUUGUUCUUCCAUGAGAUCACGCUCCUGCUCAAUGGUCAACUGCAUCCGGCCUUGCUCUACUUGACCUCCACGGUGCUGGUAAUAAUGGAGCUCAAGUGCGAUGACCUGAAGUUCAUUUCAUCUGUGCUCAAGCUGGAGGUGCUGGCCGACCGCGAGGAUUCGUCCAAGCUGUACCUGAGUCUAAAGCCGGAGCAGUCGGAUGACAUGGAAGGCCAAAUGAAGUUCACCAAUGAACGCAUCAUUAGCUUCCUGAAUGCCUCGCGUGUCCAUGGACCUAUGUGCAAUGAUUCGUUGAGCGAUCUGCUGCAGCUGCACGACCAGGACCAGGCGCGCGACGACCAACUGCGCCGCCAGACGCAGUGCAUCUUCUACAUCAAGCCAAACAUUGGCCAGCACCUAAUACACUAUCUAAAGGUCAUCGGCCAGACACAGUGAGCCAACGAGCUUCCCGUGUACAGAAUGUAUUCCUAUCGACAUAUACAUACAUAUAUAUGUAUAUAACUAUAUUUUAUACGCCCAUGUAUAUAUAUGUAUAUAUUCAUUCCAAGGUCUUGUAUUGUUGUGGAACUCGUCGUUCCACGAGUAUUUUAUACCAAAAACCAAAUGAAGACACGACUAAAUUUAAUGCAAUCUUCCAAAUUGGUUGUAUUU